CGAUGUGUCGUUUUAUACUUUUUCUCCUUGGAUUUCUCUUUCUCAAUGCAAACUUCAUUAGAGGUUGCAUGGAGACUGAAAGACAAGCCCUUCUGCAGUUCAAGCAAGGUCUUAUUGAUCGUGGGGACCGACUCGCCUCAUGGGUUCCUGAUGACAGAGAUUGCUGUAGGUGGGCUGGAAUUGUUUGCAACAACUUGACUGGCCAUGUCCUUGAACUCCAUCUCAGAAGUCCUGAAUUGGCCAAUAAGCAACACUCUGAUACUGAGUUGGAGGAUUUUAGGCGUUCAAAGCUCAGCGGUAAGAUGAAUCCUUCUUUGCUUGGUUUGAAACAUUUGACUUAUUUGGACCUCAGCAACAAUGAUUUCCAAGGAAUUUCAAUUCCCAAGUUCUUGGGUUCUUUUGGAGGUUUAAGACACAUUAACCUCAGCAAUGCACUUUUUGGAGGAGAGGUUCCUCCUCAACUUGGGAACCUCUCAAAUUUGCAAUAUCUAGACCUUCAUCAUGAUUAUGGUUAUCCUGGUAGAAGGUUAUAUGUUGAGAGUCUUGAGUGGCUAUCAGAUCUUUCUCUGUUAGAACACCUUGAUUUAAAGUCUGUGAGCCUAAAAAAAGCCUCCAACGGGUUGCAGUAUGUAAACAACCUUCCUUCUUUGGUAGAAUUACGCUUGUCAUAUGGUCAGUUCAAUCAAAUUCAUCCACUCAGUCAUGCUAAUUUAACGUCUCUUGCCAUCCUUGAUCUUUCUAUGAAUGACAUAGAAAAUUCAACAAUCAUUAAUUGGGUUUUUGGUCUUAAGAACCUAGUUUUCCUUGAUCUAUCUUACAAUGGUAUCCAAGGACUGAUUCCCGAGGGUCUUCACAACAUGUCUUCUUUGAAGUACCUUGAUUUAGGUUCCAAUGAUUUCAAUUCUUCAGUACCCGAUUGGUUAUACAGCUUUAGCCCUCUAGAGUUCCUUGACCUCCGUUGUAAUCAGUUGCAAGGUCAGAUUUCUAGUGCCAUUGGAAACCUGACCUUUGCAUUAAGCCUUGACCUUUCAGGGAAUGAUUUCAACGGGGGAAUUCCUAGAUCAAUAGAAAAGCUUUGUAAUUUGAGGUCAAUUGCUGUCUCUGAUGUUGGAUUGAACCAAGAGAUAUCCAUUGUCUUAGAAAUCUUUUCCAGGUGUGUUUCUAAUACUUUAGAGUCAUUGGAUUUAAAUAGCUGUGGCCUUUUUGGACAACUUACCAAUCAACUUGCUCGUUUCAAUAAGUUGACAAGAUUGUCCUUGGGGGGUAACUCAAUUUCUGGUCCAAUUCCACCAUUUAUGGGAGAACUUUCAUCCCUGAAGAUCUUAGAUCUCUCUCAGAACAAAUUGAAAGGAAAUCUUCCCGAGUCAUUAGGGCAGCUUGUAAAUUUGGAAAUUCUGGAUAUUUCUAAAAAUUUUUUAGAGGGUGUUGUUUCUGAAAUCCACUUUUACAAUCUUUCAAAUUUGAUAAUUUUUGUUGGGAAUGGGAACCCCUUGAUUUUGAAAGUGAAUUCUAAUUGGAAUCCUCCUUUCCAAGUUCAAAACUUAGGAUUACAAUCUUGGGUUUUGGGUCCGGGAUUUCCCCAUUGGUUUUGUUCUCAGAAGUACUUGAAAUUUUUGGAUUUCUCCAACACAGGAGUUUUGAGUAGCAUUCCAAGUUGCUUUUGGAACUUGACAUCCCAAUUUCAACAUUUAAAUCUCUCUCACAACCAAAUCCAUGGGGAACUUCCAAAACAACUUCUUUUCCUCCCGUAUGCACUAGUCGAUUUCGGUUCAAAUUACUUCAGUGGCCCAUUACCUCACAUCCCCUUUUGGGUGACUCUACUAGACCUUUCCAAUAAUCAAAUUUCAGGUUCCCUUUCCCAGCCUUUAUGUUAUGAGAUGAAUGAGACCAUGGUGGAUUUGGAGUUUCUGAAUCUUGGAGAAAACAGUUUAUCUGGAGAUAUACCAGAUUGCUGGAUGAAGUGGCAACAUUUGCAGGUCAUAAUAUUAGCUAGUAAUAGAUUGACUGGUAGAAUCCCAAGCUCCAUGGGAACCUUAUACGACCUCCGGUCCCUGCAUCUUCAAAAAAACAGCCUUUCUGGAGAAAUAACUCCGUCACUAAGAAAUUGCAGAAGGAUAUGCACACUUGAUUUUGAAGAUAAUGAAUUAGAUGGGAACAUACCGGCAUGGUUAGGGCAUAACCUUCCAAAUGUGAGAAUUCUGAGUCUUGGUUCAAACAAGUUACAGGGACCCAUACCGAAUGAGAUAUGUGCUCUUACUUCUCUUCAGGUCUUAGACCUUUCUCACAACAAUAUUUCUGGAAGCUUACCAAGUUGCAUCAGUAACUUUAGUUCCAUGGCCUUUUUGAAAGAUGGAGAUCUCAACACCAACAUUCAGUAUAAUUCAGCUGCUCCUUACUGGGUGUCAAUGCCAUCUGGUUUGCGAAGAUACUAUUUUCUUCCUAAAUACCAGGGAGCAAAUAUUGUUGAGAAUGCAUUAGUUGUCAUGAAGGGCCAGUUUCUUGAAUACAGCACAAUUCUUAACUUGGUAAGAAGCAUAGAUUUGUCUGGAAACAACUUGUCAGGAGAGAUCCCCGAAGAAAUGAGUAGCCUUCAAGGGUUACAAUCAUUGAAUCUCUCACACAAUUAUUUGACUGGAAGGAUUCCUGAAAAUAUUGGUGAUAUGAAAUCACUAGAAUCCCUUGACCUCUCUGUUAACAAAUUGUCCAGUUCAAUCCCUCCAAGCAUGUCAAGUUUGACCUUUUUGAAUCACUUGAACUUGUCCGACAAUCAUCUGAUCGGGAGUAUUCCUUCAAGCACUCAGUUGCAGAGCUUCGAUGCAUCAAGCUACGCUGGCAACCAACUAUGUGGCCUUCCACUACCGAACAACUGCAGUACGAAUGAUGUGGUGCCUAGCAGUGGAAACGGUUAUGAAGAGAAAGGAUAUGCAGAUAUAUUGGAUUGGUUCAUCAGCAUUUUGCUCGGGCUUAUAGUGGGAUUUUGGGGUGUUUUGAUUCCUCUAAUGAUCAACAGAGGAUGGAGGAUCAAGUACUAUAAUUUUCUAGAUAAUAUCUGGUCGAAAGUCAGUUUUAUUGUAAGUCGAUGUUUUUGAGUUUUGCACAUUUCUUGUGGAAGGUAUCAGUUUCAAGUUUAGUAUGUUCUCUAUUUGUGAAACAGCUUCAACGAUGUAUCUACAAGUAAAUUUCAGUGUACCAUUACAACCACUCUAUGUAUACAAAUAUCCUAGUGACUUUUAUAGAAUGACAAUAAGUUACAAUUACAAACUAAAAUUAUGGUACCUUG